AUGGCUACUAUACACAGAUUUCCCAGUGUUGUAUUCUUAGUACUAUUGGCUCUAGGUGUAUGUUCUGCUAGAAGGGCCCUUCUCACCCUUGGUGGUGGCUAUGGUCUAGGCCAUGGCAUUGAGGGUGGAUAUGGUGGUGGUGGAGGAGGCGGCUCGGGUGGUGGCGGUGGAUAUGGUGGGGAGCAUGGAGUUGUUGGGUAUGGAGGUGGCAGUGGUGGAGGACAAGGUGGGGGAGUAGGAUAUGGUGGUGAUCAUGGAGCUGGAUAUGGUGGCGGUGGUGGAAGUGGUGGUGGUGGUGGGGUGGCUUAUGGUGGUGGGGGAGAGCAUGGUGGUGGUUAUGGUGGAGGUGAAGGAGGUGGAGCUGGAGGGGGAUAUGGAGCUGGUGGGGAACAUGGCAUUGGGUACGGAGGAGGUGGUGGAAGUGGUGCUGGUGGUGGAGGUGGAUAUGGUGCAGGAGGAGCACAGGGUGGUGGAUAUGGUACUGGCGGAGGAGCUGGUGCUGGCGGUGGGGCAGGAGGAGAGCAUGGUGGCGGUUACGGGACUGGUCAAGGAGGCGGAGGCGGAGGUGGAGCAGGUGGAGGGUAUGGUGGUGGCGGAGAGCACGGAGGUGGAUAUGGUGGUGGUCAAGGAGGUGGAGCUGGUGGAGGAUAUGGUGCAGGUGGAGAGCAUGGUGGUGGAUCUGGGGGUGGUCAAGGAGGUGGAGCUGGUGGAGGAUAUGGUGGUGGAGAGCAUGGUGGUGGGUCUGGGGGCGGGCAAGGAGGUGGAGCUGGUGGAGGAUAUGGUGCAGGUGGAGAGCAUAGUGGAGGAUAUGGGGGUGGUCAAGGAGGUGGUGCUGGCGGAGGGUAUGGUGGAGAACAUGGUGGUGGCUAUGGAGGAGGUCAAGGAGGUGGAGGAGGCUAUGGUGCUGGUGGAGAUCAUGGUGCUGCUGGCUAUGGAGGUGGUGAAGGAGGUGGAGGUGGAUCAGGUGGAGGGUAUGGUGCCGGUGGGGAGCAUGGCAUUGGGUAUGGAGGAGGUGGAGGAAGUGGAGGUGGAACUGGAGGAGGUUAUGGUGAUGGAGGAGCCCAUGGAGGUGGAUAUGGGGCGGGCGGAGGCGCCGGUGGAGGAGGUGGAUAUGGGGCAGGUGGAGCACAUGGUGGUGGUUAUGGAGGAGGUGGUGGAAGUGGCGGUGGCCAUGGUGGCUAUGUUCCUUAA